CUUGGUCCCAAUUAUUGUCAACGGGCUGCAACUGCAGCCUGCCAGGUUCUUGCUUGCUCAACCAUCUGACCACGAGGCCAGGAUUUGUUGCGUGGGAGCAUGACCUUCGGUGCGGUACUAUGUCGCGGUACUCCUCCUGCCUUCUUUGAGGCCACAGCCUAAUGCCCCCUGAUUAUGAGCCCGCAAGUGCCCUCAAGCGAUCUCGGCGUUCUCCGCAGCAUCCAUCCUCUGGCUCGAUUACCGAAAAGUCGGCAGUUUCUUGUGCACAGACAUGGAUUGUGGCUGCAGACAAUCUACAUCCCGGGGCUCGUUCAGCAGUCAUGACAACCUACCAGAAACCGGGAAGAAGCUACUCCUCUGAGUCAGGGAUCGGAACGGCUACAGUACAUCCUAUUCUAUUCUGGCUCGCAACAACGGCAGACUUGACAGGCCGGAAAUGGGCGCGGGACGCCAUGGCAGUGCUAGAGGAACUCCUCCCUUGCUGGAUGCAUAUGUCCUCGCUCGCCACCUUUGCCGUCAAGAUCGACCGCGGCUCAGACUGCCCGAAUUCUAUUUUUCGCAUCUUUUCACAAUUUCGGCCGCCAGAAAAGCGGGAAUCGCGACUCCCGAAUCGGGGCAUUCAUAGCAGCCUACGACCAGUGUGGAGCUGAUCCUUCGGAAGACAGGGUUCGCCUCUUUGGAUCCUCUUAGGCCUUCGUUUUGUUUCACGUACAGAGCAGCUCAGCGAGGGUCUACAGAAAGCCAUAGCACCGCCGUGCUGGGUGAGGGCAAGGCAAUAGGUCAAUCUGCAUGCUACAUGAGCACCUUUUGCCGCAAGGGACUUCGCAAGGUACUUGAUGGCUCUGGGUCGACAUAGCUCGUGGAGGCUGCCGGUGACAACACCUUGACAGGGC